UGCCCAGAGCGCCUGUCAGCAGACAUGCUGAGCCUUUUACCUUUGAUCUUUUUGCAGACGGAACCCCUCCCAAAUGCCUGGGGACUCCUCCUUGGAUUACUGGGUUUGAAACAGAAUUUUGUGAACGGCCUUUUACCUUCGACCGGGAAGAAAGAUGUGGAAAGCUUCAGCCGGCCACGCCGUGUCCCUCAGCCAGGACGAUGGGGGAGCCGACGACUGGGAAACCGACCCCGAUUUUGUGAAUGAUGUCAGCGAAAAAGAGCAAAGAUGGGGGGCCAAAACCGUGCAGGGGUCUGGGCACCAGGAGCACAUCAACAUUCACAAGCUGAGAGAGAAUGUUUUUCAAGAACACCAGACCCUCAAGGAGAAAGAGCUUGAAACGGGGCCAAGAGCCUCCCACGGUUAUGGAGGGAAGUUUGGCGUGGAGCAGGACAGGAUGGACAAGUCAGCUGUCGGCCACGAGUACCAGUCGAAGCUGUCCAAGCACUGCUCGCAGGUCGACUCCGUCCGGGGGUUUGGAGGCAAGUUUGGUGUCCAGGUGGACAGAGUUGACCAGUCUGCCGUCGGCUUUGAGUACCAGGGCAAGACCGAGAAACACGCCUCGCAGAAAGACUACUCCAGCGGCUUCGGUGGCAAGUAUGGCGUGCAGGCCGACCGGGUGGACAAGAGCGCCGUGGGCUUCGACUACCAGGGCAAGACGGAGAAGCACGAGUCGCAGAAAGGUCCGCCCGGGCGGCGCCCUGCAGCCCGUCCACCGCGCGGCCUGCCCCCUCGCCGCUGCUUC